AAAAGUGGAGGAAGAGCGUCGCGGCGCGCCCCCAUCCCCUCCUCCCGCGGCGGCGGCGAGCCGGCGACUGCGCCGCCCACCGCCAUGUCGACCUGCGGCUACCACUCCCCACGCUUCUCCGAGGACAUUGCCUUCCUCCCCCAAUGGCUUCAGCCGCAUCGGCCGCCGGCAGUUGGCGAACGCCGAAAGGACAUCGCCGGGGUUUCGUCGCCGUCUUGUGAGAACUGUGUGUUCGUCAGAGAUCCUGCACAGGGUAGUUGUCUGAAUGGCAUGACGAAUGCUGCUAGUUGCAGUGGGUUUCGGUUGCACUUGUCGGGAGAUGAGGGUACACCUACUGGAACUGCCUCAAGCAGUGGCAAUGUUGUACCUUUCUCUCUGCAUCUUUCUUCAGAAAGUACUGCACAACUAUCCUCAAUUCAAGCCAACGGUCUGAACUCUGGUACAUGCAAAGAUCUGUUAGGUGGGUUUUGUAUUGAUGGCCAAGCACAAGAGAUCAAGACAGCACUGCAAAAUCAAUCACAUUCCAAGGACUUUCAAGAAAUUUGUAAAAUGGCUAGUGAGAAAAUUAAUAAAUCAUGUGAUUCAAAAGGACAUAGAAGACAGCAACUGUCUGGAGCAAAGGUUGAUGUAAGGAAGCUCCGUAAUGCAGAUGUGCACGAUGCAGUUGAACUAUCAAUUGCUGCCUCUGAAGCCAUGGUUAUUGCAGAAAUGAUACGUCUUGACUCUGAGUCUGAUAAGCUAACUACAACUGCCUUAGAAGCUGCUCUACAUGUGAAAGAAGCUCGGAAACAGUGUUUUGUUGUGGAGCUAGAAAAUUCUAAUGGAUCCCCUGAGAGUGAUCUGGAUGAGACUGAUGGGCUUUCAGAAUUAGAUGAGACUGAAAUGCUCGAUGCAUUUCAAGAUGUUGGCCUGUCUCUUGCACAAACUGCUUGUGCAUCUCAAGGUCAGAACAUAAGCGGCCUGAAACAGAAAUUAUCUCAGGCUAGUUCUCACUCGUGUAAUGCAGAAGCUCACGUAUUAGAGAUCUGCUCCUCUGAGAAGCAAAAUAUUAGAUGGAACAGCCACAAUGUUGAUGCUAAUGACUAUGUAUCUGAUUCUUUAGCAAACAAUGGGUCAGCUGGUGUGCUACGUAAUGAGUUGACUCCAGGUUGUGGUUCUGUAAAACAAACAGAUAUAGAAAAAGGAAUCACAUGGUCAAGAAACAAAGAAGCUGCUUAUCAGAUGUUGACCCAGAACAAUGAUAAUUUUACUGCAGGCUUGAGGAUUCUGGAAGGUGGAGUUGCUGUGCAUACAAAUGCUGGUAGAAGGAAGCAUGUAAAGGAAUUAUUCAACAAAGAAACCAGCUUCAUUUCUGAGUCAAUGGAUAGCAUGGAUGAGUUCCCUUCUGCAUCAAGAACUGUUUCUAUGGAAAUGGCCGCAUCUUCAAGAGCUUCUUUUCUUCAAAAAAAUGAAGAUUUCUGUGAGGAAAAUCAAGGUGCUGAAGCCGUGCAGUUAUGUUCUCAAGUAGUAUGUCCGAGCUUGUCAUUUGUGGAUCCUCUUUGUUCCAUUGUUCCAUGUAGCAUACCUUGCAAUGGAGGCCCCCCUAGCCAGGGUCCUGAAUGCAAACAAAGUAAAGGGGAGGAGGAAGAAUGGAUCAACCCCAAAGUAUCUCCCUUGAAGCAACAUCUGGAGGGAGAAGCUGGUCCAUCUUGCACAUCUUUAGUUAAGGCGGCAGCGUCUAAUAUUCUGUUCAGGCGAAGGAGACACAGUUCUCUCAGACCUUUUAGCACAGUAGCACCUAGAUCAUAUGUAUCAGGCAGUAGUGAAACUCAUAAUGAUGUUGAUGUGGCAAUUUGUCAGCAGGAAAGAUUCACAACAUUAACUUUAAAUAAGAAGAUACGACGUGUGCAAGCCUCUAAAGUAUUUGUAGAAAAUAAUGUUGAAGCUGGAAACUUGCAAGGAUUUUCUAAGGUUCUCAAGAAGCCAUCUUAUGGUAAGGGCAUUAGUGAGCAUCAAAACACUCAGAGUGUUAAAAGAAAGAAAGACCAAUUUUCAGAAGCUAAAAUCAGUACUAGAAAAACCAAGGAUAGAAGGAUGCAGACCAAAUCUCGAUUGAGUUGGUCCGAUAGCAGACUCAUUGACACAAUGGAGCCCAGGGAGCACAUUCCUAAUAAAGAGGCCAUAUUUCGUGGACUAGAUUUUUUGCUAACUGGGUUUCAGAGUCACAAGGAAAAAGAAAUUGAGUCAUUGAUCCGAAGAUUGGGAGGCUAUGUUCUUUCUAAAGUGCCACCCUGUCCACUUGAUAAAAGAAGCAAGCUGGCAGAGCUUUCUAGGUGCAAGCCUCCCAUAGUCCUUUCUCCUAAAAAGGUAUCAACGGCUAAGUUCUUAUAUGGCUGUGCUAUAAAUUCCUGGAUGUUGAAUACCAGUUGGCUUUUCGAUUCUAUUCAAGCUGGUAUCCUGUUGCCACCUGGAAAGUAUUUUAUUCGACAAGUGCAUUCAAUGAAGAGUACUUCAAUGUUUGACCAGUUUCUUCACCUAAAAAACAAUAAAUUGUUAUUUGAUGGAGUAGGAUUCUUAAUCCUCGGAAAAAUCAGCUUUUGUUCAAAAUUUUCCAACAUUAUCAAGCAUGGAGGUGGCCAAGUUUUUGUAUCUCUACAGGGACUAGUUCAAAGCUUGAAGGAUAGAAGCUCUUCACAUGGAAUCAUUCUUGUAGCAAAUGAGGCGAGCGCAUCACGUCAUCUAAGCUAUUGUGGGCUUGAGCAUGACAUAAAAACAGUGCCAGCGAGCUGGGUCAUUGGCAGUCUAUUUUCUGGCAAACUGAUUCCUUUGAAGAAGGACCGAUGUGCCUUAUUCCGCAGAAUUAAGAUGCCAUCAUUCCAACAGCAGCAAGCAUUUGACAUGAGCCAAGAAAUAUGAUGAUUGAGAUCAGUCGCAUAGCUAUCAUCCCAUGAGAACUGAAUAAUCCUUACCUGGAUCCUCUGAUUCCAGCAGUUUUCAACAUCAAAUUGUGAUAAUGAAAUUCGUCUGUAGUGGGCUCAUUCUGAUACUUAUUGUUGGGCGACCUGUGAAGUGGCAUAUAUGUUGUAUCCAAUUUUUGACUUGCAAAUACCAAAAGGUGACUGAUGUCAAAGCAUCUCAAGAAAAUACUUUGUGAGGAUCAAUUGCUAACUUGAAUUGUGCGGUAUUUGUCCAUACCGUCUCUUGCUCACUUAAUUCUGGAGAGACAGGGGAGUGUUCAUUUGUGAAGAUCAUGAUAUCCAGGAGAAUGUUUCUUCUUUGUUGUUGGUUGUAACUUGUAAAUGUUAAUACCUGACGAAAUAUGUUUGUCACUUGCAACACCGAGUUGUUCAUAUCUCUUAUGCCAUCAAAAUUGAAAGGAAUCGAUGGAUGUUUUUUUUUUCUCAUAAUGGCUUUGUUUCCUGCUGCUUACGUACAUGCAUAAUGCAUUGCAGGUCAUGCAUGUACUAUGUAGUGGCAGACAUGCGGCCCCCCUUGAGAAACAACAGAAAGACAAAUUUGU